CAGGUCUCUCUUAUAUAGCCUGACACGUUGUUGUUGUUAGCAUCGAUAAACGCUGCUCUACUGUAACAGGCGAUAUGACAACAACCACACAGCAGACCCGAGUCAACCUGCGGGGAUGUGACUGCAAAUAGGAACGACCUCAACAUGGAGAAGUCUUUUGACCAGAAACACCAGAGGAGACAGAGGAAUGAGCCUGCUGAGCCUCACACGGCCUCAUCACCGCCUCUGAUAUUACCAAAUCCAUAUGUGACAAGAGGGAAUCGGUCAGGUCUGAGCUCAAAGCAGAAUCCAUCAAAUAUUAAUGGAGUGGCGGCAGGAAAAGGUGGAGAUGUGCCAAGGAGUCACGGCUACAGCAGCAGCCGUCGUGCUGCCAGAGACGCCAGUGAUGAUUUCCAACAGAGAGACAGGUCCAUACGGGAUCCACAAGCAAAAACAUCAAAAAACAACAACGACUCUCCGGCUCAAGGCAGAAUAAUGGGCAAGAGCUCAAUGGAUGCACAGAAAAGAGGUUUUAGAGGUGCCAGAUCUGCCCCGAACUCUGCAGGGAGGUCAAAACCAGCACAGACUGACUUGGCCCCAUUUGAGGUAAAGAUGGCAGAUUUCCCAGAGUUAGCUGGUGUCCCGCUGGGUCGAGCAGGCCCUCCACUUGUUCAGAAAGAGUGCUGGGGGCCGAAUCCUCCAUCUGUGCGCCCUCAAACUCAAAAACCGGCAUCUUCCUGGAAGACUGAUAGGAAAGCAUCUCCAACACAGCCUGACCCCCAACAAAGUGCCACUUAUGCUAAGCCAGACUCCUCUGCUGUCCCACCAGGUCAGCCUGUGGUGACUUCCUGGGCCAAUGUCGCCUCUCAGCCUCCGAAGAAACCUGUCGCUACAGAGAGGACAAACGGCAGCAACCACAUGCAGACCGAGGAUGUGACUGCACAACAGGAAGAGGGAGCCUCAGGAAAGAAGAAACGUAAGAAAAAGAAGAAGAAAGCUAAAGGUGCUGGUGAAGAUGUUGAAGUUGAGUCAGAGGAGCCAGCAGUUUAUCAGGAGCCUCCAAAGUUUGAGGAUGAAGAGGAGUUCCCAGGCUUGACUCUUGCUUCUACUGGGACCGCAAAACUAUGCAAUGAGGAAAACCAAAGAGAAAGUGUUCAGCAUCAAUUUGCUGAUCAGAACAAGGAAAAAACACCAGCAGCAAAACCUCCCACAGACACAGCUAAGAAAGGACAGAAAGCUGAGAAGGUCUCUGGGAAAAAGAGUAAAGUUCCCGUUCAGUUGGACAUCGGAAACAUGUUGGCCGUCCUUGAAAAGAAGCAACAAUCUCAGAAAGCCAAGCAGGACGUCAAGCAAGUCAUCUCAGUUGGUGGAGGACUGCCCGUCAUCAAUAAGCAACCAUCAGUCCAGAAGAAACCACUUCGACAGCAGGAUAAAAUUGCACACAAUCCCCUGGACUCCACCAGCCCUUUGGUGAAGAAAGGCAAGCAGAGAGAAGUGCCCAAAGCCAAGAAACCUACUGCUCUCAAGAAGGUCAUUUUGAAAGAAAGAGAGGAGAGGAAACAGAGACGAUUGCUUGAGGAAAGCGGCCUGCUGCCUGAAGAAGAGUCCAAACUCACAAAUGAUGCCAUAGAAGAAGAGCAGUGUGACGCCAAUCUCACAGAUGAGGAUGUCAGUCCUGUCGAUGAUAAUCAGCCAGAAUUAAAUGACACAGACCAAACUGAGAAAGAAGGUGACGGAGAGUCCAACACAGACGAAACCGUGGAGGAACAAACCACCUCAGCUGUGCCGUGCUCCGCAGACCGACCCAAAAUCCACAGCAGAAAGUUCAGAGACUAUUGCAGCCAGAUGCUGAGCAAAGACGUGGAUGAGUGUGUGACGACUCUGCUUAAGGAGCUGGUUCGUUUCCAGGACCGCCUCUACCAGAAGGACCCCAUGAAGGCUCGCAUGAAGAGGCGGCUUGUGAUGGGCCUGCGAGAGGUCCUGAAGCACCUCAAACUCAGGAAGGUCAAGUGCGUCAUCAUCUCACCCAACUGUGAGCGCAUCCAGUCCAAAGGAGGCCUGGACGAGGCUCUUCACAACAUCAUCGACACUUGCCGUGAACAGGGGGUGCCGUUCGUCUUCGCCCUCUCACGGAAAGCUUUGGGUCGCUGCGUCAACAAGGCGGUGCCCGUCAGCCUGGUGGGCAUCUUCAACUACGACGGAGCACAGGACUUUUAUCAUAAGAUGAUCGAGUUGUCAUCUGAGGCCAGGAAAGCCUACGAGGUGAUGGUGUUGAGCCUGGAGCAGACCAACCAAUCAGAAGAAGAGCAUGCAGAAAAUGUUGAGAUAAACGACCCGAGUCUCGCUGAGCAGCCCGAUCCCGACACCGCACAACCGGAAGAACCAGAAUACAUAAAAAUAUGGAAGAAGAUGUUGGAGAAGGACUGCAACCACACGUUUUUGAACUUUGAGAAGCAGCUGAGCGCCAUGCACUUGGACAGUGAAUGUUACGAAAACACUGAUGAAGAUGAGAAGAGUUGACAGUGGUGACUUCUUAUUUUGUGCCUCAAUGAAUCCACUCACGCUAAUCACCAGCUUAGAAGAAACUACGAUGGACCGGAUCCCACAUGCAGGACCAGAGCGUUACGAGGUCUCUCUGCUCAGAUGGUUUUCAAUCAAAGGAUGGCCAGGAUGUGGUCGGAUAAUUUGUUGAAUGUUAAAAAAAUAUGAAUGUUGAUGCUAAUUUGUUAAAUGAAUCACGAUUUCCUUAAUUUUGCUCUGCAGAUUUUUUUUUGAAAGCUAUAUUUUUGUGUUUCAAACGAUUGAGCGGAGAGUGUGAUGAUAGUUAAUAAACUGGAACGUUUUACCAUUGACUUAAAAGGACCAAACCAGCCACUUGAAGAGAUCCCGCAAUAUGAAUUCAGGUUGUCUGUGGACCUGCCUGGAGGACGUCUGGGCGGUACUGAAUGUUCACAGAGUAUCAACCGGAUAUGCAGGUGUUAGAGAGGAUCUGUGAGGAUUUGAUACGCUGUAAACCACUAUAGAUUUGCCUGUUUUGUGUUUUCUUCUCUUUUUUUUCAGGUGUUUGAGAAAUUAUAGGAAAUACUGAGAAAGACGAGGGAUGACGUUCAACAGUGAAACUUGAGCUCAACGUCUUAAUAAGGGGGCAAAAAAUAAGGGCCACUAAGAUUUUGAGCAUGUGAAAUGAUGGUUAUGUUUCACCCUUUAUAAAUUAAAAAAUCUAUUCAGGUUUGUGAUUUUUAGAAAUAAAUAUGAGAAACUGAAAUGAAAAGUUAAAUAAUGCACAUUAACACCUGCUUUUGGUUGUGAAAGCAGGGCGAAAAUUUGUACUUGAUCAUGUUUCACUUAAGUCUCUCUCAGUGCUGAAUUUCAGUUUUCUGCUUUGAAUCUAUUUUGAAUUUUUUCCCUUAUCAAGUAGCCUUAACAUUGAUUUAAAUUGUGAACGUAUUUUUUUUUGUAUAUUCUUUUUUUUCUUACAAGUUUUACAGAAGAUGAUAAUCAACCUUCUGAGCACGUCCUCAAAAUGUCUCUGACUUUAAUUUGACUUUUAAAUCACCGAUAAGAUCACCCCAGAGGUCCAGUUUAGAGUUUAGAAAUGUGAAUCUAAGCUCUUUAUCAGCUAAAAUAUGAUAUGAGAUCCUUGUUUUCAUGACAGUAGUUUGUAAAGACUAAAAAAAAUCCUGAUUGCACUAAAUUAUAGAAGCUGAUUUUUCCUGUUAUGCUUCACCACCAAAGUCCUACAAACAGUGUGUAGUUCUAGAGAAAAAAAAGCAAAUUAAUGUUUAACGUUAGCAGCUGCUAACCUGACCUGGUUUUCAAAGAUAAGAAAUCACGCAAGCAUCACGAUAGAUCUUAACAACAGAUUACAGUAAUAUUACAAGCAAAGUUGACAAUCACACUUAAAAAAAAAAAAGAAGCAAUAAAUGAAGAAAUAUGAAUGUCUUUGUGAAUCUGAAGUUAUCAGAAGUCUUGUUGAAUCAUGUCUUGGUACAACUUUACAGAGAAGAAGAUGAUUAUAAAAGUGGAACUACUGGUAACGUUAAUUACAGCUGUGGUGUCAUUCCAGGAUGUGGCAUUUAAAUGAAACUGAGUCAUCAUCGGUGUUAUUAGUUUCACCUGUGUGUUUCCUGCUUUGAUAACUCAAAUAACCUGUGAUAAAAAAGGUCCUGUGGUUUAUAUGAAACUUAAAGCAAAAUAAAGUAAAAAUCAUCAUUUUUAAAAA